ACCCAGACUCCUUCCUGAAGUCUGCGCGGCUGCAGCGCCUGCCCUCGUCCUCAUCCGAGAUGGGAAGCCAGGACGUGUCUCCUCUCCAGGAGACCAGCAAGGACCCUUUCUCUGGAGACUGCAGCUGCCGGCAGGACGGGCUGACCGUCAUCAUCACCGCCUGCCUGACCUUCGCCACGGGCGUCACGGUGGCCCUCAUCAUGCAGAUCUACUUUGGGGACCCUCAGAUAUUCCACCGUGGUGCCGUGGUGACGGACGCUGCGCACUGCACGGCGCUGGGCAGAGAGGUGCUCAACACUCAGGGCUCCUCAGUAGAUGCAGCCAUCGCCUCGGCCCUCUGCGCGGGAGUCGUGAACCCCCACACAUCAGGGAUUGGUGGGGGUGGGGUGAUGCUGGUCCACGACAUCCGGAAGAACAGGAGCUGGGUGAUUGACUUCCGUGAGGUGGCUCCUCUGGGCAUCCCGCUGGAAGAGGACCUGCAGAAGGACACCAAGCCAGGUCUACUUGUUGGGGUGCCGGGCAUGCUACAAGGAAUGCACCAGGCUCACCAGUUACACGGGAGACUCCAAUGGUCCAAGUUGCUGGGUCUUGUGGCUGGUGUUGCCCAGAAUGGAUUUAAUAUCACACAUGAUUUGGCCAAAGCCGUAAGUGAACUGAAGGAGCUGAACUACUCUGACAAGUUCCGGGAGAUCUUCCUGCCGGAUGGGCAGCCCCUGCUUCCCGGGAUGUUCGUCAGGCGCCUGGACCUUGCUGCCGUCUUGGAGCUGGUGGGGACAGAAGGAGUGUCUGCUUUCUACAGUGGGAACUUGACCCAGGAGAUAAUCUCGGAGGUCCGCAACUACGGAGGAGUCUUGGUGGAGGAAGACUUCAGCAAUUACAGUGUCACGGUGGAGAAUCCCAUCCACACAGUCUAUCGAGGUCAUCUUGUUUUCAGUCCCCCACCUCCACAUGCAGGUCCUGCACUGAUCACAGCACUGAACAUCCUCGAGGGCUUUAACAUCACCAGUCAAGUACCCCGGGGGAAUAUCUUGCACUGGAUGGCAGAGACAUUAAAAAUAGCCCUGAGCCUAGCUAGCAACCUGGGAGACCCAUCUGAUGAUGUGUCCGUCACUCACGCUGCAGAAAGCAUGAUGAGUAAAUCUGAAGCUAACUCCCUGCGCCAGCUGAUUAAUGACUCCCAGUCCUUCUCAUCUGAUGUCCAUGUGCCUCACUUCUCCAUGGAGAGUGGACCCGCUGCUAGCCAGGUCCUCGUCAUGGGACCUGAUGACUUCAUUGUUGCAGUUGUAAGUUCUUUGAAUCGUCCCUUUGGGAGUGGAAUAAUGACACCCUCUGGAGUCCUCCUGAACAGCCAGAUGUUGGACUUCUCCUGGCAAAAUGAAACAAUGAACCACUCCAUUCCUAGGCUGCAAAAUCUCAUUCAGCCUCGGAAACGGCCCCUGUCUUUCCUCUUACCCACCAUCGUGAGGCCAUCCGAGGGGAUGUGUGGGACAUACCUAUGUCUGGGAGCCAACAACGGGGACAGAGCCUUGAGCAGCAUCGUUCAGGUUUUGGUAAAUGUAUUAACAUUUAACAAGAAUCUGAGUGAAAGUUUGUCACUUGGUCGACUUCACCCCCAGCUUCAGUCCAACACCUUGCAGGUUGACAGUGAAUUUCCUGAAGAAGAUAUUGAAUUUCUUGUAGCCAGGGGUCAUCAAGUGGACAAAGUCAAAGUGCUCUCCCUAGUUCAUGGAGCCAGGAGAACCAACAGUUUCAUCAUUGGCCUGAAGGAUCCCAGGAGCGUGGAUGCUGCUGGAGCCACGAUAUUGUAG